AGCACUAAGACAGCGGAGAUAGAAAAGGAGACCAAAAAAAAGAUUACCAGAAGGAAGAAAACCAGAGACCAUGUGGCAGUUUAUCGUUUUCUGGGGAAUGUCACUGUUGGCGAGAGGUGGAUGGUGUCAGUGUCAGUCGGGUUACUCCGAGGUGUACGCCGAGGCAGGGUCCCAGGCCGCGUUGCCCUGCGUGUGUCGUCCCUCAUCCCUCUCCGCAGCCGUCGUCCACUGGAGCAGGGACUCUAAGGGGACGCUGUGGAGAAAGUCCAGGAGUGGACUGGAGUACCGGGGUUCGGGAGCAAAGCGUGUCCAGAUCCCCCACUCACAGGUCGGCGCUGGAGAGUACACCAUGUAUAUAAACAACGUGAGCAGAGAGGAUGGAGGAAACUACACCUGCACGGUUCUGGACAGAGAGAAAUCCAUCUCCCAAAAAGUUCUCCUGAGGGUCAUCAAAGUGUCCAUCUCCCCACAGGCUCCACUAGAGAGCAUCAACAUCAAGAUAUUCUGCAGUGUUCACCCAUGGCCAGCAGGGGUGACAGUGAGCUGGAAGCUCAAUGAGGAGAUGGUUAAUCCUGAAGGCUCAGGUUAUGCCCUUCGGACAACCCAGGUGGGUGUUUUAGAGGGAAAGGCCUCGGCGAGCAUGGCGGGGAACUGGAGCUGUGUUAUCAGCUCCCACGGGAAGAAACAAGGAAAUUCCUCCGCAGCCUUAACAGUGAGAGGUAUCGUCAGUCCCUCUGGUGACAGCGUCAAGGUAUACGCUGAGGUGGGGUCUGCCGUCACCCUCCCCUGUGUGUUCUCCCAUGGACUCACCCCAUUGCAUUCGGUUUGGGAGAAGCUGGACACCCUUGGUUCUGUUCUCCCGCUGUCUCCCUCUUUUAAGCAGUCCACCCUGCCCUCCCUCCCCCCCUGGGAUGUGUCGGUGCAUAUUGAGGAGGUGAGGCAGGAAGAUGGGGGCAGGUACAGGUGCUCUGCGAUUGUGGAGGGACGUUUGAUGGCCAGGGAGAUGCAGCUGGUGACCGCCCACGUGCUCGUCAAUGAACCAUCAACCCAGAAGGCCUCGUUCACAUUGACCUGUCACCUCAGCAACGCCAGCGGGGUCAUUGACUACGAUUGGGUCAGAGUGAACCCAAACAAUAGCAAUAGCACACAGUCAGUGAGCUCCAUCCAGACGGGGAAGGACCUGAGGAUCAGCAGGGUGAUAGACAGUUACACCGACCAAUGGGUUUGUCGAUUCCAUGGAAAACAAGGAGUUCUUGGGAACGCAACAUUCCACCUACCUCAGAUGAGUGGUCUGAUGGGAGAGGCUGAACCCGAGGCUUCCAGUAUCAAAGUUGUGGUGGUCAGCCUGGGUUUCUGUCUCUUGGUGCUGCUGUUGGUAUUGGUGCAGAUGUACAAGAACCAUCGCAGACGUAAAAUGAUCCUGCAGUAUCCUGCCCUGGAGACCAUUGUUCACUCAACCGCUAAUGAGAGAGAGGACAGAGAGAGAAACCAAGUGAAAGCAGACCAGAUGUCAAAAUAGAGCAUGGAGUCUCCUGUCGGUCACGCUGAGAAGCCAUGUUACAUUUUAAAAGUGAUCAUAUGACAUAAUCAUGGAUACUAUUAGUUGGGAGAUGAUUCAAAUGUUCUGCAUGUGCCUUAUGUCCCAUACAGUAUUUUAGCAGUACUUCCAUUCCUUACUUUGUAUAUAAUUGUAUAUAAUUAAUUCUGUAUAUAUGUGCCCUGUUUGACACUACCUGCACAUAAACCACAUAUUCCCAAUACUUUUCUAAUAAAAUGAUAUCAACA